AUGGGUUCGAGUAUAUCGAGUGGAAAGCAUUCAUUGUUGGACUCAUUGCCGACUUCUAAUAAUUUACAUAUAGUUAUGUUGGGCUUAGACUCGGCCGGUAAGACAACAGCACUGUAUCGACUCAAGUUUGACCAAUAUUUAAAUACUGUUCCCACAAUUGGAUUUAAUUGUGAAAAAGUCAGAGCACAUAGUGGUAAAGCUAAGGGUACAUCAUUUCUUAUAUGGGAUAUCGGAGGUCAGGACAAAUUGAGACCCCUAUGGCGCUCAUAUACCCGCUGUACGGAUGGUAUAGUUUUUGUGGUCGACUCAGUCGAUGACGAGAGGAUGGAAGAGGCGAAGAUAGAGCUCUUGAGGACCGCUAAGUCACCGGAAAAUUCAUGCGUUCCUAUACUAGUCUUAGCAAAUAAACAAGACCUCCCCGGAGCCAAAGACCCCCAAGAAGUGGCCCAAAUGUUGGGUCUAAGCGAACAAUUAUCUCAACAUCAAUGGCACGUUCAACCUGCCUGUGCUAUCAUUGGUGAGGGUCUCGAUGAGGGACUCGAAAUUUUGUAUGAAAUGAUAGCAAAAAAAAGACGAUUAGCCAAAAUGGAGAAAAAAUUAAAACGAUAA